GUUCCAUCCAUUCAUCCAUCAGCCACUUCACACAGCCAAGCAAGUGGUAGUGCGACUCAGAGGUUCAGGCAUGGCAGCUCCGAGAGCAUCACUCGUCCUCGCCCUCCUGCUGGCGAUCGCCGUUGCCAAUGCUGAGGCGGCGUCGGUCGUCGUCGGCCUGGCCAAGUGCACCGACUGCACCAGGAAGAACAUCAAGGCCGAGGAAGCCUUCAAGGGUCUUCAGGUGGCGAUCAAGUGCAAGAACGUCAACGGGGAGUACGAGAGCAAGGCGGUGGGUGCCCUUGACGGCACCGGCGCUUUCAGCGUGCCCGUGGCCGCCGACCUCCACAGCGCCGACUGCGUCGCACAGCUCCACAGCGCCGCCUCCAACGCACCGUGCUCCGGCCAGGAGCCAUCAAAGAUCGUGCCGGUGUCUGAGGGCACCACCUUCGGGGUCGUUGCCGGCGCCAAGACGAACGCGCUGGCAUCAACAGAGUGCGCGUCAGCGACCCUGUGCGGGCCAAUCAAGAAGCACAUCAUCGAGCACUUCCACCACAAGAAGCCCGUGCCACCGAAGCCGGAGCCCAAGCCCCAGCCCCACCCGGACUACGGGCCUGUGCCCAAGCCCGAGCCGAAGCCGCAGCCCCACCCGGACUACCACCCCGUCCCUCCCACGCCCACCUACGGCGGCGGUGGUGGCGGUGGAUACCACGGACACCACUGAGUCCGGUCUACCACCCUCCCGCCAAGCGAUGAAAUUGGUAAAGUUCCUCUGUAUCUUAGCCAUGGCUUGUUGCUGUUAGUGAGUGAGCGACGUUGCUAUUUAUGUCACGGGUUAGCUUUAUCUUGUACGUAUCAUUCAGAAUAACAGUUGUGAGGGAUAAGUAUGUGUGUAAGGCAAAUGUACGUGUGAUGGUUCGGUUUUUUUUACAAGGUUUGUAAUAUCGAUCUGUGUGAAUUUUUGUAAUGAGAAGUUCCUCACUGGUA